AUGGCGUCUCAGAACAAGACGGAGAGGGAUGCGCUCGGCGGCGCAGACGACGAAGGAGACAUCCACGAUGUUAAGUUCGUGAACGGAGACUGUUGCUUUUGUAUGCCUUGUCACGGAUCGAUCUGGUUGCAGUGGUUGGCGGUGAACGACAACAACUCCACCUUAUCCACGCAGUCGAUCGACAAAGAGACAUGUUGGACGCGACGGUGGAGGAGGCUCCGAGAAUGGUCGGAUACGGUGGCCGUAACGAAAUGGAAGACGCUUUUGCGGCGGUUCAAAAAGAACAGAGCUCGUAACAGAGGAAAGGAAUUCCAUUACGAUCCGCUGAGUUACUCCCUCAAUUUCGACGAAGGGACGGGACAAAACGGCGUCCUCGACGGUGAUUAUUUUAACCAUAACUUCUCGUACAGAUAUGCUUCGUUCUCGUUACCAUUCUCCACCAAAACCUCCUUGGAUUUCGACACAGACAGGAGCCGUUACUCGUUUGAUUGUUAA